AUGGCCCGCCACGGCCCACUCGCCCUGCCCCUGCUGCUCAUCCUGCUGCUGCUGCUCGCCCGCAGCCCUGCCUCUGCAAGGAGGCUGCUGGUCACGUCUGCCGCCCAGGGCUCUGCCACCGGCACCAGCGCCGCCGUCUCGGCCCAGAGCGUCGCCGCCGCGGGGGCGGGCACCGAGCUGGGCACCGCCCACGCCACCGGCACCGCCACUGAUGGGAGCGUUUCCACGCGCGGGGCUGUGGCUGCGGGCAGCGGCGGCAGCCUGGCUGCCGGGACCACCCAGGGCUCUGCUGCGGGCCACACCGCCACUUCCACCUCGGCCCUCACUGCCCUGGCCAACCCCACCUCUGUCGCUGUGGGAGGCUUCACCAACGCCCAGGCGUCCGCCCCUGCCGGCACCGCUGCCACCGCCGACACCCUCACCACCCUGCUGGCCGCCACCGCCGGCGGCGGCACCGCUGCCUCCAACAUCGGCUCCCAUGCCUCCUCGACCGUCGGCGGCGCCGUGCUGAGCGACGCGGCUGGCGUGGCACAGGCUGGCACCUCUGGCGCUCAGGCCACCGGCCACUCCGAGUCCCGCACCCCCACCGCCACCUCCAUCGCCGAUGGCAGCGCCAUCGGCACCGGCGCCCUGGCGCAGGCCCUGGCCGAGCUCCUCACCUCUGCCAUCUUUACGCCGGGCGCCUCCUCCGCCUCCGCCCCCGCCUCUGCAUCUGCCGCAGGCACCGCCGGCUCGCGCGUCGACGUCACCACCCUGGCCGAGGCCCUGCAUGCCCUGCAGAGCGCCCCCACCUUCCAGCUGAGCGACCGUCGCCGCCGCCUGCUGCAGCAGCAGGAGGCAUCAGGCACUGCCAGCGGCGACAGCGCGCACGUCAACACCAUCUCCGCCUGCGACACCGCCUCGGGCAUGUGCAUCGGCACCGCCCUGUCCACCGCUCAGAAGGCAGACGGCGGCGCCGCCACCACCGCCUCCCUGCAGGGCUCCAGCGGCGGCAGCGCCACGGCGGGACAGACCUCCGGCACCUCCAGCGGCACGGACGCCUCCUCCACCUCUGCCCUCACCUCCAUCACCGCCCCCAACACCGCCGUUGUGGGAGGCUUCUCCACCGGCCAGGCCACCGGCAACCCUGGCACCCCCGCCACCGGCACCUCCUCCACCCAGCUGCAGGCCAGCACGCCAGGCCACACCGCCACCGGCAGCCUGCAAGCCGGAGCUGCCAGCCUGGGCGGUGGCUCGGUGACAGCCAACACCGCGGGCGUCGCCUCUGCCACCACCACGGGCGCUCAGGUGAACGGCAGCCUGCUGGCCCGCACGCCCACCGCCACCCAGGUGGCCGACCUGCUGGCGGCGGCGGGCGGGGACUGGGCCUCCGUCCUGGCCCUGCUCACCGGCCAGGCCACCUCCGUGCCCGGCACCGUGGCGGCCAGCGGCACCGGCUCGGCGCACGCGGCUGGCAGCCAGUCGGGCGCGACGGCUGCAUCUGCAGCUUUCGAAAAGGGGCACGCCUCUCCUCACGCUGAGAAGCCGCUGCUGGAGCAAAUGCGAAGCCAGGAUGAGGAGGCCAAGGCCAAGGAGGAGUUGGACAAGGUGUUCAGCGAGCUAGCAGAGGCCGCUUCAGCUGCGGCAGCCAGAUGCAGCAGCAGCUACAAGCCUGGCGACGGCAUCCCGCUGCUGAGCGGCCUGGUGGCUGAGGGCGGCACCCUGUCCCUGGAGGCGCAGCACGUUUACGAUGUGGUGGUGCACGCUACUGACUCCAGCGUUGAGGUGCUGGAGCGCUGCUCGGCGGUGGCAGGCCGCCUGUGGGUGGCGGUGGGCAAGGAGGCCACGAUGGGCGUGGUGCCUGGCCACAAGGUGGCUGGUCUGGUGGAGAUGCGCAACAGCGUCGCCAUGGCGCAAGAGGCGCUGAUCGCCACGCAUGAGAGCCUGACUGCGGGCGCGGAGGAGGCCAGCCGUGCCGAGGAUCUGCUGGAGCAGGCUGAUGCACCACUGUGCGGCCAGCCCGACCUGGAGGAUGUGUGCAGGCAGCUGGUGGCGGCGUCCUUCCAGCUGGCAUUCGGCGCCGGCAGGCCUCUGCAGCUGCUGGUGCAGCUGGAACAUUGGGCCCUCUGCGGCAUGCUGGGCAGCCUGGCGCUGCACAUAGCUGGCACCUGCCUGCACUCUAGUGCCGACCUGCUGGCGCGGGCGGCCCGGAAGAGCAACAAGGUCGACAUCUCCGCCUCCUCCCUGACCACCCUGGCCAACCUGCUGAAGGCAGAGAAGGGCAAGCCGGGUGGGGCCAACAACCGCCUGCUGAGGCACACGCUGCCAGCCGGCUUGCAGCUGGUGCAAGGCGCGCUGGAGCAGAGCCCCGCCUCUCCAGCCGCCAGGAGCGCUUUGAGCCCCGAGGCCUACACCCAGACCGCACGCAGCGUUAAUGCCUGGCUGGACCUGCCUGCUGCCGUGGACUUCAGCAAGACCCAGGACAUGCCGGCCAAGCUGAAGAGUGCAAGCCCCAAGCAACUGCUGGAGCUGGCGGGCUUGGCAAUCAACCCUGCAACUGUGGGACUAGAGGCUGCCAUGUGCUUGGGCGGCCUGACGCUCAACAGCAUGGCGCAGGACAUCCCACAGCUGGCCACGUUGCAGGCCCUGGUGAGUGAGAGCUGGGGUGGCCGCCCGCCGGUCGCCACUCAGUUCAUCCAGCUGGUGGCGGAGGUGGUGUCGCCCCCGCCCGAGGACCUACCCGAGGCCGACCAGGAGCAGCUCAACUCUCUUGCCAUCGGUGGGCCAGGUCAUGCCCCUGGCUGA